AUGGCGGAAGAUGACGGCGUUCCCUUUACGCUAGCAUUGAUUGCUGGUGGAAUCGCGGGUACGACUGUGGACUGCGCACUGCACCCUCUGGACACCUUCCGAACUCGGCUCCAGUCAGAAAAAGGAUUCUGGGCCUCAGGAGGCUUUCGCGGAGCCUACAAGGGGAUUCUCUCCGCUGCCAUCGGAUCCGCACCUGGCGCUGCCAUGUUCUUCUCCACAUAUGAGACCAUGAAGAAGGUGUCCAAGAACUUUUCCGGGAACCAGGAGCACUGGACUCAACAUGCUGGCGCAUCAUCAUGCGGAGAAGCCAUGGCUUGUCUGGUCAGGGUGCCGACGGCCAACAUCACUCAGAACAUGCAAGUCGGCAGGUAUACGAGGCUUACCGAAGCCAUUGCCGCCAUCUACAGAACCGGAGGUCUCGGAGCUUUCUAUGUAGGCUAUGGGACCAUGGUCAUGCGAGAGAUCCCUUUCUCGUUCAUCCAGUUUCCACUUUAUGAGAGGUUCAAGAAGAUAAUAGCUGAGAGGCAAGGCAGCGAGACAACUGCCAUUCAAGGUGCAGCCUGUGGCUCGCUGGCUGGUGGCAUAGCUGGUGGCACCACCACUCCCCUCGAUGUGGCGAAGACCCGAAUCAUGCUAGAGAAGGUGGAAGAGGGUGUUGCUCGAAAGUACGAUGGCACCAUCCAAACAAUCAGAGUUAUUGCAGCAGAGGAGGGCAUUCAAGGACUCUUCAGGGGAAUCGGGCCCCGCGUUAGUUGGAUCACGAUUGGAGGCUUUAUCUUCUUCGGAGCAUACGAGGGAGCUCAAAAGGCCCUCCAGAGAACCGGCCUAUGGUAA